AGUGACUUCAAGCUGCAGAAACAGAUCUGACUGAGUUUCUGUUCUACCCUUCUUAUUUGCAGCUAGUUAAUAAGCCAAAAACGUUUAAUCUUCCACUGGAAAGUGCAGUCACCAAGUGUCACAUGACGCACCGAAAAUGGUGACGGUUGUUGAGUGCGGCACUCAAGUUGAUAUAAGGAAUUUUGAAAUCUGCACAUGUGCAAGUGUCGCCGUUCAAGUUGAACCAGGCGACUUUCAAGCGGUGGAAGAAGUAACUAAGUUCGGCGAUGGUUCACCUCUUCUCACGGAUGCUCCGCCUUCUACAGAGGUUGUAAUUGAAGAAGGAAGUCCACCGCAGUAUCGUUGUGAUUAUUGUUUCGGAUGCUUAUUCUGUGAACGAGGACAUGCGUGGUACAGUAUUCACGGCAAGGCUUGCUUCUGGGUGCUACUCCUGGCGCCAGGUUACUUAGUACUAGGCUUGGUUCUUUUGCCAUUCUUCUUUCUGAUGGGCAUCGCUUACUGUGUAGCAGCUGCCAUUGAAUGAUUCGUCAGUGUUACGCGUGGUUAAACUCAGAGACCUACUUCGUGUACUGCAGGACAUCAGCUUAACUUUGUUAGUUUUCGGUCCACAAUCCUGAACAAUCUGACCGAAAGCCGAUGAAACAAGUUUCAGUGUACCAACACCGCCUAUCACCUCCAUUGCCUAUGCUGUGGAACCUCAGUCCAUCUCGAUCGUCCGAUCAUUUUGUUGUUAGUCUUACGCUAUUGUAAAGAAUUUGAAAAAUUCUAAAAGAAAUCAUGAUGGCUUAGUUGUAACAAACCCUGCCAAAUUGAUCAAUAUUUGUCAGGAUCUUUAUAUUCUACACGUUUGAAGUAUAAAUCUUCUAGCGUUCUAUCA